AUGCCCGGGGCUGGCAAGCAGUCUGCGGCGGUGCAGCAGCAGAUCAAAGACCUGCUGGAGGCCGGCUUCGAUCCCACCACCAUUCACCGUCGCCUCAAGGUGGGGAGGAGCAGCAUCUAUCGCAUGAAACGAUGUCUGCAGCAACAUGGCACCGCGUACAUGCCGCCCGAGCUCAACAAGAAGAAUGGCCGGCCUAAGGUGCUGAGUGCGGAGCAGGAGCUGGAAGUCCUCAACUGGCUCCGCAAACCCGAGAACCGCACACGCUAUCUAGACGACUUGGUCUGGCUGAUUCACGACCGCUUCGGCAUCGUCUGCAGUACCACGACCAUGUCCAAGAUGAAGCGCAAAUGGCUUCGCGUCAUUGAGUAUGAAGAGACCGGCCGCCCACUCGACGACGACACGCGCGCCUCUCUGCUCGAGACGCACCCCGAUCUGCCGAUCUUGCACGAUGCGGACGCCAUGCCGCAAGCACACGACAAUGUAGACGUGGAGCUGCAGUCUCAAACCUACUACUCCAUGGCGCCGCCCACGCCUUCGACAAUGCAAAUGCACGUCCCCCAGGCACACAUGAUGCAGUCGCCUUAUCCUCACGCGCAGCAAAUUCCGAUAGCGCCGCAGCUGGAUUCCCAGCUUCAGGAGCAACUUGAGCGGGAGAUUGCGUCUGAGGACACCUCGCGGGAUUAG